CCCUCGCAAAUGGAACUUUGUCGGAAUAAGCAUGGGAGAGGGGAUAUGUUUUCUUCUUUUCGUCCAUAGGGUUCCAUCCAUGAAAAUUGCGAUGGAUUUCAGUUGAAUAAUCUGAAAUCCCUCGCUUGCCACAGCUGAAACCUUCAUUGAUCGAUGGAUUCUUCUGUCUCCAACCCGUUCGAUAUUUUUGAGAUUUACAGGAGAUACUGCGAUAUUACUUCAGGAAAUAAACAUGCAGGCUCAAGGGAGGCAUUGGCUCAGCUAUUGAAAUUGGUGGAGUCUAGGGUGCAGAAAAGUGGCAGGAGUAUUAUUUUUGAUGACCUCUCCAGGCUCAUGUUGCAGCUAAACUUCAUGGUAGAUUCUUGUGAGUUCACACGCUUCUAUGAUUUCGUGUUUUUUGUGUGUCGUGAAAAUGUCCAGAAGAAUAUCACUGUAACCCGUGCCAUAAUUGCUUGGAGGUUAGUUUUGGCUGGAAGAUUUCGAUUACUAAAUCAAUGGUGCGAAUUUGUCGAGAAAAAUCAAAGGCAUAAUAUCUCUGAAGAUACUUGGCAGCAAGUUCUAGCCUUCAGCCGAUGUGUACAUGAAGAUCUUGAAGGUUAUGAUCCUAAAGGUGCUUGGCCGGUCCUUAUUGAUGACUUUGUUGAACAUAUGUACAGAAUCACACCAUCAAAUAGUUGCUGCUCUCUUAGUCUUGGUUGUUACUGUGGUGAAACGGAAGCUCAGGCUUGCAUCUCUGAUGAUUCUCUACAUGGACUUAAAGUCUUUGCAGGGUCAAAGAGGAAGUCAGUUAUGGAAUUUGAUCAGCAGGAAGAUUUAUCAAACUCGAAUUCUUCAUAUUUGAAGCAUUCAUUGAAUUCUAAGAGAAGUAGGACUUCCUUAGUAGAUACACCUACAACUUGGGAAGACGAUCCACCAGGAAAUAAUGCAGAUGACUGCAUGGAAAUUGUUAAGAAUAAUAACACACUGGGUUCAUCGAGCAACUCUCAGUGUGCAGUUGAAAGAAGCUUGUCAAAGGGCUUUGCAGGACUCCUGUCGACAGGCUCUUGUUUAAAAUUUGAUCAGAAAAGGAGUGUAUUCUAUACAUAGUUGUUGGCACCAAUACUGCAACCUAAAAAUAUCAAAGCUGAGCGAGUAUUAAUUUAUAUGUUUUCCAUAUCUAAAGUCAUUCU